AUGAAACUAAUUGAAUCUAUUGUAUUAGCUGCAGUUAUUAUUAUUACAUCUAUUGGUGUACUUUUUACUUUAAUUGGUUUAACAACUCCAAAUUGGUCAAGAACUGGUUAUGGUCUUUGGGAUUGUAAUCAUGUUUGUUCAAAACCUACUGCUAUUUUUGCUAUUUUGGCUCUUAUUUGUCUUGUCAUCAGUAUUAUCAUAUUAGUUACUCUUUUUCUUCGUAUAUUUCCAGAAAAAUUACGUCCUCUACCAUUAGGUUUACUUAUUAUCGCAUCAUUCUUUCUUUUAAGUUCUACUGGAAGUUAUUUACGACGUUUUCGACUUGUUGGUUAUAGUUUUGAAUUAAUAGAUACAGCUCAUGCGUUUGCUUUUCUUGCUUCUGUUUUACUUGCUUUUUGGUUUGGUAUAACAAUGAAUGAACGAGUAGCUACAAAUACCAUGAGAUCUACAACAUCAUCAUCAUCAUCAACAAUUGGUUUUUCUUCGGCGUAA